GUGUGAUGCCAUCAUGUGUAAUGCGUGUCCCCAUCUCUCGCAGCAUUUCCUUUUUUUCUGUUUCUCCUCUCAUUCCUGGGCUCCAAAUCAGUUUAGCGUUUCAUAAGGAGCUUAAAUCCGUGGGCCACUGUGUGCUAGUAAUGUGUGUGUGUGUGUGUGUGUGUGUGUGUGUGUAUGUGUGUCAGAGAGAGAGAGAAAGAGAGUGAGUGUGUGUGUGUGCGUAAUUUGUAUGCGAUUUCCUGAUUCCAUCUGCCAACACCAGUCGUCAAGUGGUAACCUUGUCUUGCUCUUACUUUCCCCUUCAGCCACUGCAUUCUGUCAUUCUCAUUUGCGUACACUUAACACUCUGUCUGUCUGUCUGCCUCUCUCUCUCCCUCCCUCUCUCUCUCUCUCCCUCUCUCUCUCUCUCUGUCUCUCUCUCUGUCAUAUGCUCGCUCUCUUGUACCUUACUCUUUGGCCCUAUUCUGUGAUGAAAGCUUGUGCUUGAGGUUGUGGGCACAGGUUGUGCUACAAAAAGAUCGCAGCUGCAGUAUAUUCACAUUAAAGGGAAGGACAGAGGGAUUACAGAGAAUUUUUGUUGUUAUCAGACGCAUUGUAGAUUCCAAAAAAAUUGAAAUCUAAGAAAAUCCAAUAAUGGAGUCGUCGUCAGGGGAUCUCGAGGGCAGCAGUGACGAUCUCACAGGAAAGAAGAAAUCUAGGCUGAAAUCUCUAAAGAUGCGUCUCUUCGGGAAGAGGAAAGGGGGUGGAGGACAGCGUAAAAUGAGUCAGUCCGCCACUGACAUCUCCCAGGGGAAGGAUGAGGAGCUGGACUUAGAGGACAGUUUCAGCAGCAGCUUGGGGUCUCGUGCAUUGUCGCACGAAAGCAUCUUCCUUGCUGAGCAGUGUCUGUCUUCAGCUGAGCCAUCACAAGGUCUGUCUCAAGAAAACGUGCCUAGUCGUAUCAAAACUUUACAGAUGAAACUACAACAGCAGAAUCUGCGUCUCGGUCAGCCCCCUCACGUGAUGUCCAUUAAGAGGCCAGAGGACACAGGGGGCAGCUCAGAAGACGAUGGGCUUCCGCAAAGCCCUCCUGAAAUCAUACUCAAUGAGGUUUUACCUCAGAGAGCAUCGUACAAGCCCAGUAGCCCGACGGUGCCCAUCAUCGCCGUUCCCUCAGAUACCGGGAUUGAUUUCAACACCCCUCCACAAUUCACCCCUUGCCUGGACAAUUCUGCUGCACGCCACCGUAUGUCAGUGAAGCCCAGGAACCAGAGGGCCAGUGCUAAAGUCAGGAAGCAGACAUCGCAGCCAGAUUCUCGAGCACAAUCUGAAAGCAUGAACAACAUGGAGCAUCCCAUACAUGGCGAAGAAGAUGAGAAAGGCCUUGGGGUCUCUAAGGAGCCCAUCCGUUUUCGAUCCCAUUCCACCCAGGUGCUACAGACAGGGGAGAGCCCUCCUGCUCACCCUGAUGAGAACCAUCUACUUACUUCCAAUCGCAGAUCUCUGAAGGAGCCAGGCAUUCCACACCAAUCUUCCUCUCCCAUGCGACCUCCAGUCCAGCCACGUCCAGUCAUGACCGAGACUGUUAUCACAAAGUCCACCUUUCAUUCCCAACCACCUGUCACAAAGGAUCAGGAACCUCCUGUAGCUUCUGUUCUCAGUUCUAGAACAGAGGAAGCUCCUGCUGUAUCUCCAGCAGCUGAUCCCAAAAACAAUCAAAUGGCCCCAGAGACUGUUGGAACAAAGCCUCCUACCUCUCCAAGACUAAGGAGUGCGAGUGGCACCAGACAAGUUGGAGAGAAUCUUGGCAUUUAUCCACUUAAACCUGCCCCAGCCAGUGCCCCAUCAACUGUGGUUCCCCAGGACACUCCUGCCAGUGUUUCAGCAAAUGCAGACGAGAACGAUAAACAGAGUGUCACUGGAUCUCAGAUGGCAGUACUCCAGAAUAAGACUGAAAUUGUGGAUAAAAAGGGGAAUAAGAGUUUAAAUCCUCAGACUGAAAUUCGUCCAAAAGUUCAGCCAGUGAUGGCAGUUGGACACUCAGAAGGCUUACCCUUAGAAGCCACUCAAAUGAGAUCUUUCAGCAAAAAUGAGAAAGCUUCAGUCAAAGCAGAAGGAGAGAGUGGGAUGUUGCCACAAACAGCCAACGUAUCAGCCCCCAGGCAGACAGAUAAACCAGAUAAAGUUGUGGAGAAUGUGGUAACCAGUCAACAAAGACCAUCGUCUGCAUCACCACGUUUUACUAUUUCUUCUGCACACAAUAAAGAUCAAACUAAAACUGGGAGCUUCCCCGAUAAAUUUGAAGAAACAGGAGCUAAGAAAGACUUGACAAAACCAAACUUUCCACACCAAGCUUACUGUUCUCAACGUGGCGUUCAAAAGGGUGACAUGAAAGCCAAAGAACUACCUCCUACUCUCCCUGCUGAGAUGCCAUUUGGUGGGAAUGUGGAACCCAAAUCAUUGCAACAGGGGAACAGCAGUGGUCCAGAUCUGGAGGAGUCCUUGACUCUGCCACAUGAAAUCGGAGAGGAGGCCACCGAGGAGGAGGACCAGGAUGGCGUGGAGGUAGCUGUGGAGGCCCAUGAGGACCUGAGAGAACAUAGAGAGGAGGAGCCGACAAAGGCAGAAGGAGAGAAGAACGCCUUUGGAGUGAAGUUGCGCUCCACCUCACUGUCUAUCAAAUACAGGCUUGACUCCGCCCAGUCAGAGGUCAACGUUAAACGACAUAGUGCUGAUGUUAGCACACUAAGCACAACACAACAUGGCUCACAGGCUGGUCCGAGGGCCGGCAGGGCAGGGUCUCUGACCAUACAUGCUGCUUCGACAUCCAUGCCGGAUGGGCAGAAUAUCUCGUCACUGCCAUCUACUGACAGUGCUGGAGGCAAGUUAAGAUCUAGGUCCCUUAGGCAGGAAGGUGAAGCAAACCAAUCGACAGUUGUACAUCCCCCCAAGAAUGUGUCCAUGCCUUCUCCAUUAUUGGUAGGACUGUCUGCAGCUUCAUCUUCAGUCAAGGUGACCUCAUCAUCCGUGUCGCCUGCACCUUUACCUUCAGAAGAGGCUGGUCCAUCUCAGCCAGAUGAUGCAUCACCUGCACCUGUGAAAGAGCCGGAGGGUGCCAGCUCUGACUUCUCAUGGAUGAGCAUGGCCAUGGAGAAGACCCGCACCAUUCAGCAGCUCAUCACCAGCAAACUCCCGGAGUUCCCUGAAGGACCCACACUGCCAGGGGCAACUCAGACCAAAAAGGAGUUCAUACCUUCUCCUACAGUGGAGGGAGGUCUUGCACCCUCUCCCUCGGUCAAGAGGAAGUCAGCGUCCUCACCCACUAAGCAGACGCCACCUGCAUCCUUUCCCUCAAAGGAAGCUACACUUCCACAAUCAAAUGAUGUAGCCUCUACAGCCCCAUCUGCUAAGGAGCCAGAGCAAGGUUCUUCUGAGGUGUCUUGGAUGAGCAUGGCCAGGGAGAAGACGAAAACCAUCCAGCAGCUCUUCACCAGCAAGUCCCCAGAGUUCCCUGGACCACAGACAACCACAAGAACCACGCCUACAACUGAAACCCCGCCUUCAAUGUUACCACCUGCUGCCCAGUCUACCAACGCUGAAAAGCCAUCUGCGCAGCCGAGCAGAACGCUCAAACAGACUGCCCCUCCAGAUUCAUCACCGACAGAAACAACCCCGUCAUCAACAACUGUUCUCCGUUCAAGGCCAGGAGGGCAGCCAGUCACAAAACUGCUACUAGAAGCAGAAUCCAAUUCCAAACCAGCACCCACCAGUUCAAGCCAGUCACCUUCAACUCCCUCCAUUAUAAGAGGGACAUCGCUCCAAGAAGCGCAGCCCAAACCCAUACAGCCUAGCAUUGUUUCAACACAACUGAGUAAACUGGCCCAGUCUCAGCAGACCACCGCUCAGUCAAUACCACCCUCCUCACUCCUGAAUAAAACACAGCCGUCCCCACCACUCCCCUCCACCCAGUCCAUCCCCCGCCCGUCACAGCCCACUGCUAACUCACAUCUCUCGUCCAGCCCAAAGCCCCUAUCCCAUCUAAAGCAGCAGAGCCAGCCAGCUGCACCAUCUGUCUCACAAGGUAGCAAUGAUGGACUGAACUCACUAAAGAAGAGGAGUGAUUUGCCCCAACCUGCCCCAGUCAGAGGCAGUGGGGCCGCUACAGCAGCAGCAGAAGGUUUGGGGCCUCGAGCGUCAGGGUUGGGCAGCAAGGCCGCCUUCCUGGAGAAAUGGGGAGACAAAGGAGCCUCUGUAGGCACCAAGUUUGAAGUGUCGAAAGCCACCUCAGGGGCCCAAUCCUCAUCUGAGUCUUUGACAUCAGUUAGACCAGGACACCUCAGCAGAGACUCAAAACCUGAUGCAGACUUGGUUCUCUUGAGAGCUGCAGAUAAAGAGGACAGGGCACUGAAGAAGACACUGAUCUCUUCACCCUCACCCCAGCAGCCUGCUUCCGAUGGGAGCCAGCCGUCCUGGAUGGAGAUGGCCAAGAGGAAGUCUUUAGCAUGGAGUGAUAAGAGCAUGAACUAAGCGCGCUCAGGGAAGCAGGAAGUGAGGAAAAGGAACAGAGGGGGGCACAAUGACUACACCUGUCAAUCAAACCAAUGGCAGUUUUAGGCACAAUGCUGCUACCCAUACUGUUUCUCUCAACCAUAAUUUACAAUGGCCCCGUUAACACCCUUUGUGGUUUAGUGUUUUGGAGCAAUGAAUUGACUUUUUGACCUCUCACCACCAGGUUUUUCUUUUGUAUAUUUCUGCCUUUAAUUGUAAUGCCCAUAAUUAUUUAUUUGAGAGGUGUAUAAUUUAAGGUGAAUAUUUAUUAUAUUUAAAUGAUAAAUACCUAACAUUUACAUAUACAUAUUUAUGAUUUGUGUGAAUAUAAAGUAAUUGAAUUGUACAUUUCAUUAACCAACCUGGUUUAACCCAUUCUGUUGAUUUGGUUGGUAUAAUCUGUUCAUAUGAAGCAAUGCCAUUGUCAAUUAAGCAAAAUAAAGUAUUGUUUG